ACCUGUUGAUGUCAUGGCUACAAGCGCUGUCCCAAGUGAAAAUCUUCCGACAUAUAAACUGGUGGUAGUUGGGGACGGAGGUGUGGGGAAGAGUGCCCUCACUAUACAGUUCUUCCAGAAGAUUUUUGUGCCAGACUAUGAUCCUACCAUUGAAGACUCGUACCUGAAACACACCGAAAUAGAUGGACAGUGGGCCAUUUUGGAUGUCCUGGACACUGCAGGCCAGGAAGAAUUCAGCGCAAUGAGGGAGCAGUACAUGAGGACAGGAGAUGGGUUUCUUAUAGUCUAUUCCGUCACAGAUAAAGCCAGCUUUGAGCAUGUGGACAGGUUUCAUCAACUUAUCCUCAGAGUCAAAGACAGAGAAUCCUUUCCAAUGAUUUUGGUGGCUAACAAAGUUGAUCUAAUGCAUUUACGAAAAAUCACUCGGGAGCAAGGAAAAGAAAUGGCAGCAAAGCACAAUAUUCCAUACAUAGAAACCAGCGCUAAGGACCCUCCACUGAAUGUUGACAAAGCCUUUCAUGAUCUUGUUAGAGUAAUCAGGCAACAGGUUCCAGAGAAGAACCAGAAGAAGAAGAAAAAGACCAAGUGGCGAGAUGACAGAGCCACGACUUCCCACAAACUGCAGUGUGUAAUUUUGUGAUUGUUCUUCCAUGGUUUUUUUCCAUCCCAACUUGAGCCUAACCCUGAAGCACUGUGUCACUUACCUGCAGUGUUAAUGUUUGAAGAACAGUAAUUAUCUCAUGAAAUAACUCAAUAGGGAGCAAAGCUUGAGGCAUUUUUGAAGCUGGGCCAAAUGACCACUUGGCAAGUGGUGCAGGAUGGUUUUUACAGUCUCCUAAAAAGAAGGGGACAAGCAAAGGCCAGAGGUUUAUGAAUGUCAGCCAUCACCACAAUCUUUAUUUUAUAAAGAAAAAAAUGUUCUGGUUUAGGCCAAUUUCUAACCAGUCAUGAGUGACUCCAUUUUGUACAGUCCUGUAUGUGUCAGGGUCAGCAGUUUUUUGCUCAGCAAGAAAGAAAUACGGUGGAUUUGUUUUCUCUUGCACUGAACACUCCCGGCUAUACACACCAGUGCCAAACUGCAACUUCAUAGGAAACUGCAUAGAUUUGAAGAAAGAAAAUGAAUUCCAGCUGCUCUGAGGACUCCAGACAUUGUGUCAGAAACUGGAAUGUAGCCAGUUCUCAGUCUGCAAACCUCUAGCAAAGACCAUGAAGGAAUGGGCUUGGUUUGUUAGUUGUUGUUUUUGUUGCUGUUGUUAUCCUUUUUGUUAAU